AUGGUUUCUCAAGUCCUAUACCUCUAUAAUAUCCUCUUUUUCACAGAACAGCCUUCACAGAUACUGAUUGAUGAACCUAUUUGUAAAUAUUAUUCCAGUUCAGUGCCAAAGAACUACCAGCACAUCCUGGCCUUAGCAUUUGCUGUGAAAGAGAUAAAUGAGAAUCCCAACAUCUUACCAAAUAUCUCUCUGGGGUUCCGCAUCCUCAAUAGCUACUACACUGCAAGAAUGACCUAUAAGGCCACCCUGAGCCUGCUUUCAUCACAACACAGGUUUGUGCCCAACUUCAAGUGUCACAAAAAUAAUAACCUCAUAGCUCUCAUUGGAGGAUGCAUCUCUGAAGUAUCUGCCAAUAUGGCCAUCAUUUCAGCAAUCCAUAAGACUCCACAGCUCACUUAUGGAUCAUUUUUGGCAGUGCAGGGUGCUAAAAUGCUAUUUCCAUUUUUAUACCAAAUGGUCCCAAAUGAAGCCAAACAGCAUAUAGGAAUUGUACAGUUACUUCAGCAUUUUGGAUGGACUUGGAUUGGGCUUGGUGCUGUGGAUGAUGACAAAGGUGACAGAUUUUUAGAGACAAUGUUACCAAUACUUUCUGAGAAUGGUAUCUGUUAUGACUUCAUAUUAAGACUAGCAAAAUGGAAUUAUCUAGAUGAGAUGAUACGCUUGGCUUUAGAAAACUGGGAAAGCUAUGCAGUUAUUGUUGAGAGAAAAGCCAAUGUAUACUUAGUUUAUGGAGAACCUCCAUCCUUUCAGGUUGUCCAUCAUUUUCUAAAGGGCAUCGUAUUCAACAACAGUGCAGGAGAUACUGUGUACUUUGAUGAAAAUAGAGAAUUAGUUGUAGGUUUUGAUCUUACAAACUGGAAUAUUUUCCCCAAUGGCUCUAUGGUCAGGGUGAAAGUUGGAAGAUUGGAACCUCAGGCUCUGCCAGGCAAAGAGUUAACCAUUAAUGAUGAACAAAUUGUGUGGCAUCAUAGCUUUAAUCAGGUGCUGCCCCUCUCUGUGUGCAAUGACUACUGCUAUCCUGGCUCCAGCAGGAAAAAGAAGGAAGGAGAGAAAUUUUGCUGCUAUGAUUGUGCUCCGUGUCCAGAAGGAUUUAUGUCUGGCCGGAAGGAUAUGGAUGCCUGUGUCAGUUGUCCAGAAGAUGAGUAUCCCAACAAGGGCAAAAGUCAAUGCAUUGCCAGAGUUGUAAGUUACCUCUCUUACAAAGAAAAUUUAGGGAUCAUGUUGACUGUCUUGGCAAUUUCUCUGUCCUUGAUCACAAUUGUAGUACUUGGAAUUUUUAUGAAGCACAACGACACUCCCAUUGUCAAAGCCAACAACCAGACACUCACCUACAUCCUCCUCAUCUCCCUCCUCCUUUGCUUCCUCUGUUCUUUACUCUUCAUUGGACAACCUGGAGAGGUGAUCUGUCUUCUCCAACAAACAGUGUUUGGCAUCAUCUUCUCUGUGGCUCUUUCUUCUUUGGUGGCAAAGACCAUCACUGUGGUUCUGGCAUUCAUGGCAACCAAACCAGGAUCCAGUGUGAGGAUAUGGGUGGGGAAAAGAUUGGCAAAUUCUAUUAUUCUUUCCUGCUCCUUUACUGAAGCUGGAAUUUGUGCUCUUUGGUUAAGUACUUUCCCUCCAUUCCCAGAUAAGGACAUGCACUCGAUGAAUGAUGAAAUCAUACUCAAAUGUAAUGAGGGCUCAGCUUCUAUGUUCUAUUGUGUCUUGGGCUAUAUGGGUUCCCUGGCCAUAAUAAGCUUCAUUGUGGCUUUCCUCGCAAGGAAGUUACCUGACAGUUUCAAUGAGGCCAAGUUCAUCACUUUCAGCAUGUUGGUUUUUUGUAGUGUUUGGUUGUCCUUUGUACCAACUUACCUGAGCACGAAAGGAAAAUACAUGGUGGCUGUGGAGAUCUUCUCCAUCUUGGCUUCUAGUGCUGGGUUACUGGGUUGCAUCUUUUCCCCUAAAUGCUAUAUCAUUUUGUUGAGGCCUGAGCUGAACAACAAGGAGCAAAUAAUUAGGAGGAAAAAAAUGAAAGAAUUAAGUUAA